AUUAAAGGUAGGCCAUGGCCCGGCCAUCUUUUUUUCCUUUUCCUCUUCAGAUCAAACCACUUGCCUGAACCGGUAAACUAUCCAACACUCUAUUUCCUUUUUGUCUUUUCCUUUUUUUCCUUUGUCUAUUUCCUAGAGUCAUUGUCAUCUGUCUUGUCUUUUUCUUGGAUCCGGAUCUUAUAGACUUGUCACUUCUCUUUUCCUUGGAUACCCUCUCUACACGAUACACUGGUUCUUUCAUACACGACUUUCCCCAGCAUCUACUACCAUCAGUCAGCCUCCUUUGGCCUAUUCAAGCGGCCUAAUUCCACUAAUCCACCUACACGUACACAACUAUGCCUCGCCAUAGCCGGACAGGAAGCGAAUCUCAGAGACACUCUACAGACAUGCGCUCCACAUACAUGCAAGCCCAGGCCUUCGAUGCCCAUCACCAGCAGCAGCGCAUCAGCAUUGCCCCCAGCUACUACACCAUCCCCCCCGAGGCUGCUGCUGCUGCUGCCAUGCCUCUCCAGCAGGAGGCAGUCUCCUACGAGCCAUACAACGACAACAACGACGACGGCGACGAGAGCGGCCUCUCGCACCACCGCCCGUCCUCGGGAGCAUGGACCGCCGCCGACGACAUCCAGCUGAUCAAGGCCCGCAAGCACGGCCUCAACUGGAAGCAGAUCCGCAACACCUACUUCCCCAACAAGUCGCCCAAUGCCUGCCGCAAGCGCCACGAGCGACUCCUUGAGCGCCGCGAGCCCGACGAAUGGAGCCAGGACAGACUCCAGAACUUGGCACGCAACUACAUGGAGCUGCGCAAGGAUAUCUGGGCUCCUCUUGCAGCCCGUACCGGUGAGCGCUGGAACGUGGUGGAGCAGCGUUGCAUGUCCAACGGCCUCAAGAACCUACAGAGCGCUGCCCGCGCCGCGUCCCGCCUGGAACGCUACCGCAACAGCAGCAUCGCCGGCGACCACGCCAGCAACGGGUAUGACGACGAUAGCGGCGUGUCUGGCAUCGGUCUGACCCCAGUAGACGAAAUCGACGGCGCAACCAUCGCCGGCUACAGCAGCCCCGAGAUCAGCCCGUCAGCUAACCAGUCCUUCAACACCGUCACCGGCGGCGGCACCCUGAUCCCCAACCACCACGUCCUCCAGCAGCAGCACCUUGCUGCCAUGCAGUCGGCCCAUGCGCUCCAGAUGGCCCAGGCCGGACACUCGCGCAACUCGUCGUACGACUUGUCUGUCAUGUAUGCUGCGUAUGCGGAGCAGCAGCAGCAGCAGGCGUACUCGUCGAGCACGAGCUCGAAUGCGAGCAUGGCACAUCCGUAUGUGUCGAGGGGAGGGAGAGGAAGCAGUCAAGGCAGCAGCCCGUACUCUUGAAAGAUAGAGUAUCCUCCUUGCUUUUUCUUCUUCUUCGGUACAUACUUUUCCCUUCUACUUGCUGGGGCCAAUACUCUUUUUUUGCAACUACUUAAUGUGGGCGUGGCGUAUACAGGGCGGGCGGCGGCGUUUUUGGGUGUGUCUACUUGCACGAAUGUUAUGACGACAGCUUGUUUUUUUGUUUGCUUGUGUUCUAUAUAUUUUGAAAAGAUUGCAUAUUUACCUGUUUUGAACCCUUAUAUACUUUACUGGUUACACUCUUGUACUACUAGCACUAAUGACACCACUGCUACUAAAAAACGUUGCAUAUGGUAAUGAUACUUCUUUUGGCUAUAAUUACAUGGACACGGAUAAAAAAAAGACUAUUGGUACAUGAUGAUGCAGCUCUUGCGUCCGUUAAUGCAGGGUAUCUACUGCGUCUUCCCCUCCGACGCAGCAGCAUUCAUUUCCUCGAGUUCGUCCUCCUCCCACAGCCCCUCGUCCUCGGCGCCAAACACGCUGUUCCACGCCCUUGUCCACAUGCCCUUCUUCUGGAGCAUAGCGAGGAUCAACAGGCCCGGCAGAUGCCACACGCUGGCCCAGAAGAGACCGCGCGCACUGCCCUUGUGGCCCUGGUGCUUCCAAAACUGCACGGCCUCCUUGACGAGCCACAGGUUCACCGGCAAACUCGUCACCGCAAACGACCACUCCGUCACUCCGGCCGCGCAGAGGCCCACGCAAAUCGGCACAAACAAGAGACUAUAUCGCAGCGCUACACGCGCGUUGCGCGCAGGGUUCGUCCACGCCAGCAUCCGCAGACCAGCGGCCUUGUACUCUUCGCGAAUACCCCAGCUCAGGCCCAUGAAGUGCGGAAACUGCCAGGCCACCAAGAUCGACGCCAUCAGCCAUCCUCCAAGUGACGAGCCGUCGCUGGCCAGCAGCAGUUCGCGCCACGAGCCGUCCUUGGUCGCGGCUUCGCCAGCAGCCGCGGCCCAGCCCAUGAGCGGGGGAAUACCGCCCACCACGGCGCCAACCCACGUGUUGAAUGCAGUCACUCGCUUCAGCGGCGUAUAUACACCUGCAUACAACACAAUGUUGGCCAAGCCCAGGCCGGCGACAGUGGGAUUCACACCAAAGAACAAGCUGCCCGUGCCAAUAACACCGGCGAGCACGCCAAAUGCCACAGCACCCUUUGUCGAAAUCAGCUUCCGAACAAGCGGUCUGUUGCGUGUUCUCGUCAUCAAUGCAUCCGUCUUGGGCUCGUACAGCAUAUUAAAUGUAUUCGCGCUAGCCGAGCACAGCGCCGUGCCCGUCGUCAAGAACAGCAGCGUCAGGGGGCUCAGACUCGGCGUCUCGGUCGUUAGCGGCGACAGCAUCUCCGGUACAGGAUACAGCGCAUAAGGUACCAUGGCCGUCAGCACAACGAGCACCGUCAACCGCGGUUUCGAUAGCGAGAGGAACGUAGAGAUUGUGCGGCGCAGCGACGACGCCGGAGCAGCAGCCGCAGCGGUAGUCAGUGCUGACGAGGCAUCUGGAGCAGAGAGCGUGGCUGGCUCUCCAGCCUCAGCAGCUAGUUUCUUGAGAGCCUGCCGCCUUCUAUGCGGUGCAAGCUUCUCAAUGGCCUCGGCGUCGAGUUGUGUGGUAUUAGGAGUUGUCGAUUGCGUCUGGACGGUUCGUCGUGGGAGCAGGAAAUCGAGGCACUGGGUUCGUUCAAAGGCUCUGUUGGAGAUGAAGAAAGUAGCAGGAGCAGCAGCAGAUGCUGACGAGGCUCGCCGAAUCUGCAGGCGGUUUCGGGCAGACGAAAAACAUCGUGUCUGGCGUGCUGCUGAAGGGCACAGGCGCUGUGCGGCGGGCAGCUCGGUGAGGAUGCGAAUUGGCCGCAUUUUGAUGUGGUUUUUAAUGUUGGGUGCCUGCGCGGCGGAUUGAGUCUCCGAGAUUCCGCAGCGCGCGGGGAGAAUUGGGCGAGGCGAAUGUCGCUGCUUGCGAGGUUUGGGACUUUUUUGGCUGGCGAGACUUUUUGGUGUUGCGGGAUGAAGGGGUCCCACGGUGUCAUGUGACCGUCAUGGUUGAUGGAAGGCGUUGCGCAACAAAAGCGAGUGUUGAUGUGGAAAAU